AUGUUGUAUGUUGACAUUUUAUGUGAAAAGGAUGUCAAUAAAGAGGGCAAAGAUGUCAGAAAAUAUAGAGAACAACCAAAUCCAAGAGCUCAAAAUGUCGAAAUCACUCCGCUGAAGGCUGUGCGUCGUGUGGGAGACGAGCUGAUAGUGCUCUGCAAAGUGCCAUAUCGCAUUGACUCUUGUCGAAUGACAGUGGGUCCUACGUCUUACCGUCUGAUACCAAACAACCAGGGAGAUGUGGUGUACCAUGGACAAGGAUUGGAGGUGGGAGAAUGCGGUGCCCAAAUCAAGCACAUCAAGGAGGAAUGGAACGGGAACAUCUCUUGCGUCCUACCGCCGAAGACCGGUAGCAUCGAGGUCUCUGGUACUAUGCAGCUUCUCGUCGCAAACCCACCGAAACGCCUUGACGAUAGCUCCAGCAUAACGAUCUUCGGUCUGAAGAUAUCAGAGGAGGGUCGGCUGAACGUGACCGUGCGCGCCAACCCGCGCCCUCACGCCGAGUGGACUGUAGGAGAUGUUAAACUGACAGCGCCGCAGAAGAACGACGACGCCUCCAUUGAAGCUCUCGAGCCUGUGCAUUUGGGUGGUGGCUACUAUAAUGUGACGUUAGUACUCUCCCGAGUAGCCAAGGAGGAUGUGGACCGUACGUACUAUUUGACUGUCGCCAAUGACUUGGGCCGCGAAGACUUUUCCGUGCGUCUUAGCACUAUGGACGAACCUGCCGGUGUGGAACUCGAGACCGGAGCCAUUGUUGGGAUAGUGAUCGCCGUUCUAUUCCUACUCAUCUCCAUCUUCCUCGUCGUAUUCGCAAAGGCAACUGACAGAUGGUGUUUUGCAGGGCGGUCGCACCGCACCGACAUCCCUGACGGGGCGGAUUCCGAGGCGCCUCUGCCCCCGCACGAUGACGUCAAGGGCUCCGAAAAUCCCUCUCACGACCACGGAGAGUAUAUCAGCAACGGUGACACGAAACACCCCGAAAAGAAACCAGACACCGCCGUCUAA